AUGCUUGAAUCGUCGAAAAAUACGAAGCACAGUCUUGAAUCCGAUUUGCUGAUGACCUUUUAUUUGGGUUUAGAGGACCUUUUCGAACAAAAAGGAGAAGCGGGCCAUGCUGUGUCGGAUGAGAUACUGUCGUGUCUGCGGCAAGAGCGAGCAAAAUUGGAAAAUCCUGUACAGAAUGUGGUUACGGUAACAGCACAAGAGCCUGCCUACUUACAUUGCCGGAUACCACAACGAACAAAUCACAUGGUAGCAUGGACAAGAGCUUCCGAUCAGGCACUGCUUACUGCCGGUCACCAUUCAUUCACUUCCGAUCCACGAUUUCAAGUGUCAAAGAAAUCCGACACCGACUGGAUACUCAUAUUGAGGUCUGUUUUGUUGUUGUUUACGUGA